CUUGUGUUCCCUAUCUCGGCUUCCCCUGAUGAAAGCGCCAGAUCCUUUUGCUGGAAUAUUUUGCUUCUUUUCUCAACGUCCUCGACGCUUGGUAAGACACACGAAUCAGAUCGGGGCUUCGUUCCGGCUACACCGCUAUGGAGUCGCACCGAUACGAUGACGGGCUCGAGGCGGCCUCUCAAAACUUUCCCGAAGUUGUUCCCCCACAAACCCAUGCCUAUAAUGCCCAACAACACCAACAGUACCCGGAGGCUUAUCACGACUCACCGCCGGUACCAAAACAAACACCAUCGCCAUACUCGCCUUCUCAGCCCUCACCGGGCUAUGGCGGGGCGACCACGAUAGCGGGCUCGACGAUUGAAUCGCAGGCACAUGGAGGAGAUGCUCACACAACGCCCAAAAAUGACGGGAAGAGGAGGAUGAUUUGCGGCUGCAGCCUCUUAACCUUUGUUCUGUCGUGUAUCAUCGCGCUGUUGUCUGCUGCGGUGAUCGGAUUGGCGGCCGGGACGGGGAUCGAGGCGAGUAGGGCGAAUGAUGCUGUCCACAAGCUGGCAGCCUAUACCAGGGCGAAUCCGGUGCAGAUAGCGACGACCUCGAACUUUCCUGGGACAUCGACAGCCGCAACCACGACAUCGACCGGUAGUAUUGGCGAUGCCACUUCCCCGUCGGGGGUUGAAGUCGACAGCGGAUGUGGUAGUCGGUCGGACCAAGUGAAUGGGACGACUUACACGUCGCUGAAAUCACUGGACCAGCGCAGUUACAGGAUCUACUGCUUCAGGGACUACAACCGCGACACAACCAACAGAAUCAACUUGGUUGCUAUCUUCACGGCCGACUUUGAGGCAUGUAUGGAUGCGUGCGCGUCCUGGACCAAGUACGUGGUUCCGAAGAGUAGAAGCAACGACCCGGGGUGGAACUGCGAGGCCGUUUCCUUCAUUCCCGCCUGGGUGAACAGAUCGAUUGCCGAGGCGGGCGGCUAUACUGGAAACUGUUACCUAAAGACUGGUCCGGCAUCGAUAGGCAAGCUUGAGAAGAACUCCAACGUGCAUGCUGCCCUUUGGCAGAGCGGUUGAUGAUGGUCAGUACGGGGGUGCGGAAAGAGACGAAUAGGUAGGCAACUUGUCGAGAUUUGGGCGGCGACGGAUUGCGUGUGAUUUGGUUGUAUUCAUGUUGGAUGGGUUCUUUCGGGUGGUAAAGGAGAGUAGUAUUCCAGGAUUGUGCAGGUUACUGUCGUAGGAUGAACUAAGUAAUGUCGGACUAUUGCC